AUGGAUGCGCUUCCUGGUAUCGGCCAUGCAUGUGGACAUAAUUUGAUAGGAAUAUCAGAAGGCGUUGCUGUUGCAUGUGCUAUCAAAGCCGCUAUGGAGAAACACGACAUCUCUGGCAAGAUCAUUCUUCUGGGUACACCAGCUGAAGAAGGCGGAGGGGGCAAAGUCAUUCUCCUCGAUAAAGGCGCAUACAAAGAGAUGGAUAUUUGCUUAAUGUCACACCUUGCACCUGGUCCUGUUGGGUCUGUAAGCUUGUCGGGUUCCCUUGCGAUUCAGCAAAUUACCGCAGAAUAUCGUGGUCAUACCCCUUUCACCAUGGGAAGGAAAGAACGCUUUAGACGCGGCCGUCCUCGCAUACACCAAUGUCUCGGCACUGUGCUAGCAGCUGAAGCCCUGAAGCCUACCGUACGCGUGCAUAGUAUAUUUGAAGGCAAAGACUGGGCAGUCAAUAUUAUUCCCGACUAUGUAAAAUACAAAUGUCUUGUCCGAGCACCCACUUUGAAGGGGUUAAAAGUAGCCGUGGCCAAGGUUCUGCCGUGCUUCAAGGCAGCAGCUUGGCCACUGGAUGCGAAGUGA